CUCUCUCUAUCUCUCUAUCUCUCUUCCCUUUUCUUCUUUCCUUCAUUCUUACGGAGGAAAACCAUGAGCUAUUGAGCUAACCCUCUCUUCCCUUAACGCCGUAACGGACAUUACUAAAGGCACCGUCACAAAACACCACGUGCGAGUCACGUGUCAUCAUAAAGCCCUUUCUUUAUGGCUUUGGACAAUCCUUCCAAUCCCAACUCCGUUGACGGCGAGCCAGACGGAGCGGGUAACGGCGCUCCACCGUCUUCCGCCGUAGACGGCGACGACGGGAGGCCGGCGGCGCGGCUGCCACGGUGGACGAGGCAGGAGAUCCUCGUUCUGAUUCAAGGGAAGAGCGACGCGGAGAGCCGGUUCAAGCCGGGUCGUGGGGGCGGUUCGGCGUUCGGUUCGAGCGAGCCGAAAUGGGCGUUGGUGUCUUCGUAUUGCAAGAAGCACGGGGUGAACCGGGAACCGGUUCAGUGCCGGAAGCGGUGGAGCAACCUCGCCGGCGAUUAUAAGAAGAUCAAGGAGUGGGAAUCUCAGGCGAGGGACGAAACGGAGUCGUUUUGGCUUAUGAGGAACGAUUUGAGAAGGGAGAGGAAAUUGCCCGGUUAUUUCGAUAGGGAAGUCUAUGAUAUUCUCGAUUCGCCGUCUACGGCGCCUCCGCCGCCGGUAGAAGCUCCGUCGACGGUGGUCGAUGAGGAGGUGCACCUGUAUGAUAGUAAUCGGAGGGUUGGUGGUGAAGAUGGGCUCUUCUCGGAUUGUGAGAAGGACGAGGUUUUGGGCACUGCUAAGGAUGUUCCUGCUCCUGUUCCUAUCUCAGAGAAGCAAUAUCAACUGCACCUCCAAGGCUGCGAAGGGGAAGGCAAUGCUCAAGGUGGUACCAAUGAGAAACAGCCAGCCUCAAAUCCAGAAAUGGGUUCUACCUCUCAAGGGGGACAGAAGAGGAAGCGAUGUGCAACCGAUGGAGAAGAGGAAAUUUUACAAAGUCAAUUAAUUGAUGUCUUAGAAAAGAAUGGCAAAAUGCUACGUGAUCAACUUGAAGCUCAGAACAUGAAUUUCCAGUUGGAUCGCCAGCAGCAGAAAGACACUGCAAGUACCAUAGUUGCUGUACUUGAUAAGCUUGCAGAUGCUCUAGGGAGAAUUGCUGAUAAAUUGUAGAGCAAGAGGGAUCAGAAUAGAAUAGUGUACAUAACAGUUGGGAGUUCAGAAUAGUGGUUCCCAUAAUUUAUCUCAGGAUAGCUUCUAGUAGAUGAAUGUCACACCAGUACCCACUUUUUUAUCUUCUGUCUUCUUAGUGCCACUUUUUUGGUGGGUUAUUACUGCCACUAUAGCAUUUUAUACACAAAUUUGGAAGUUACUGCAUUUAUUUAUUCUCUUCUUUCAUUGAGGUAUAUGAAUCUUUCCUAGGUCAAUAAUAGCGGUUGUACAGAAGAUAUUACUAAUUAAGGUACAUUUUUAUAGUGGUCUCUCUUUGCGUGCUCUUG